AUGGGCAUCCACGGCCUCUCCAAGCUGCUCAACGACAACGCGCCGCGCUGCGUCCGGGAGCACAAGAUGGAGUACUUCGCCGGGUGCGGGCCCGUUUUCGCCGGCCGCCCGCCCGCGCCCCGAGCCCCGAGCGCCGCCUCGUUCCCGCGCUCGUUCAGGCGGAAGAUCGCGAUCGACGCGAGCAUGCAGAUCUACCAGUUUCUGAUCGCGGUGCGCCAGCAGGGCGGCGAGGGCCAGCUCACGAACGAGGCGGGCGAGGUCACCUCGCACCUCACCGGCAUGCUCUACCGCACGAUCCGCAUGAUGGAGGCGGGGAUCAAGCCCGUCUUCGUCUUCGACGGCAAGCCGCCGACGCUCAA